AUGGACCCCUUCCAGCAGCUGUGUCUGCUCCUGUGGAAGAACAUCACAUACAGACGCAGGAACAAGAUCCAGCUGGUGGUGGAGCUGCUCUGGCCUCUCUUCCUCUUCGUGAUCCUGAUCUCAGUGCGACAUUCUCACCCUCCGUACAAACAGAGCCAAUGUCACUUUCCAAACAAAGCGUUGCCCUCGGCGGGAACUCUGCCCUGGAUCCAAGGCAUCGUCUGCAACAUCCACAACCCGUGUUUCCACAGCCCUACGGCGGGAGAGACCCCCGGACAAGUGGGCAACUUCAACAACUCUAUCUUGUCCCGUCUCCUGGUGGACUCCCAGAGCCUCCUCUCCAUCAGUGAAAACAGGACCUUCUCUGGGUUCCAGGAGCUCAGCCUCACUCUGCAGAGGAUGGGAGACAGCCCCGGCAUCUGGCCAAAUCUGCCUGUCGCCGAUUACCUGAGACCGAAUGAGAGUUUCUCCUCGUUCCUUCGCACCAACAGCUCUCUGCCUCCGGAGUCUGUGGAGCAGCUGCUGAAAGCCAGGCUCAACGCUCAGGUGGUGGCGUCUGCGACUCAGGUGCAGCUGAAGGACCUGGUCUGUAACCGGACCAUGUUGGGACAGUUCCUGGCUGUGGACGGAGGAGAAGACAAGAUGGCCGCCCUGCAGAGAGAGCUGUGCGCGCAGCCGGCGGACGUCCUGCGACAGGCGGAGCGACUGUUCCUGACGCAGCUCGACUUCAGCAAACUUUUCACCAGGGAGCGGCUUCUCUCCAACGCGGCCGAACUGAGGCUGCUGAGCAAAGCUGUGGGUCGCGUGUCUCAGGAGAUGGCUCUGCUCUUCAACCAAUUCUCCUCCCUCUCCAGCUUCUCGGACAUGAGCGCGGCCCUUCGCCUUCUGUCUCCAGAGAACCGCACGGCUCGGCCCCUGGACAGCUUCAGGGCCUUCUCCAGGAUCAUGUGUGGUCAUCCGGAGUCGGGCGAGCGCAUCCCCUCCCUCAACUGGUACGAAGACAACGACAUCAAGUCUUUCCUGGGCAAGAACGGUACCGAUCAGAGCGACGCGGAGCAGGAUGCCAACAUGACCUCCUUCUGUAAGUCCAUGAUCCAGGGCCUGGAGUCCAACCCUCUGACCCGGAUUGUAUGGAGGGGACUCAAACCUCUGCUCAUCGGGAAACUGCUGUACGCUCCCAACAGCUCUGCAGUCCUACCGGUCAUCAAGGAGAUGAACAAGACGUUUGAGCAGCUGCAGAUCCUCCAGGAUCUGAACGAGGCCUGGCUGGAGCUGGGCCCUGAGGUCUGGGACUACAUGGAGACCAGCGUGGAGGUGCGGCUGCUGCAGGACUUGCUAAGACGUCCUGAAGUGGCCGUGCUGGUGAACCUGCGGCUGGAGAACACAUCGUGGACGGCCUCCAGGAUUGCCCGCUUCCUGUCCCCCCCACAGACCCCCCCUCAGAGCCCCGGGGCAGAGCUCACCUGGAGGGACAUCUACCACGACCUCAACCGCACCAUCAGCACCCUGGCACAGGUCACCGAGUGCUUCUCCAUGGAUAAGCUGGAGGGCCUGGAGAGCGAGGGCCAGCUGGUGCAGAGGGCUCUGGAGCUGCUGGAGGACAGGCAGUUCUGGGCCGGGGUGGUGUUCCUUCUGCCCAACAGCUCGUCCCCUGAGCUGCCUCCACACGUCCAGUACAAGAUCCGCAUGGACAUCGACGACGUGACGCGCACCAACAAGAUCAAGGACAGGUUCUGGGAUCCCGGACCGGCCGCAGACCCCUUCAGUGACAUGCGGUACGUCUGGGGCGGCUUCGUGUACGUGCAGGACCUGGUGGAGCGUGCAGUCACCACAGUCCUGACUGGAGCCUCUCAGACCAUCGGCCUCUACGUGCAGCAGAUGCCCUACCCCUGCUACGUGGAUGACGUGUUUCUGCGCGUGCUGAACCGCUCUCUGCCCCUCUUCAUGACGCUGGCCUGGAUCUACUCCGUGGCCAUGAUCAUCAAAGGCGUGGUGUACGAGAAGGAAGCGCGGCUGAAGGAGACCAUGCGCAUCAUGGGCCUGAGCUCCGGGACUCUGUGGCUCAGCUGGUUCAUCUCCUCCCUGGUUCCCUUCCUGGUGUCCGCAGCGCUGCUCAUUGCUCUGCUCAAGUGGGGGGACAUCCUGCCCUACAGCGACCCGUCCGUGGUCUUCUUCUUCCUGUCGGCCUUCGCCACCGCCACCAUCAUGCAGUGUUUCCUGAUCAGCACCUUCUUCUCCAAAGCCAACCUGUCGGCGGCGUGUGGAGGCCUCAUCUACUUCAGCCUGUACCUGCCGUACGUGCUGUGUGUGGCCUGGAGAGACCGCCUUACCAGCACGCACCGCAUCCUUGCUUGCUUCUCCAUGGAUAAGCUGGAGGGCCUGGAGAGCGAGGGCCAGCUGGUGCAGAGGGCUCUGGAGCUGCUGGAGGACAGGCAGUUCUGGGCCGGGGUGGUGUUCCUUCUGCCCAAACAGCUCGUCCCCUGA